AUGUCUAACGCAAUGGCUUCGGUGGUCGGGGCUUUUGCCAACCGCAAAUUCUCAAUCAACCGCAACACUGGUGUACCCCGGGAGCGUCGAUUCUCUAUCGGUGAACCUAGUGCCACUGAGCACAGCUCCAAGAUCCACCGGCAGUUUCGAGCUGCUCACGAGGGUCACUUGCCCCACGCUGGUCUAGAUCCCUCGAGGUCCUCUACCGGUGUCGUCUGGUGCACAGAACGAGCAAGUGAAUUCGGCUACCUCGAAGAGCCAGAGAGAUGGGCAAACUUGGGCCAGGGUGCCCCCGAGGUGGGUUUCCGCAGCAGCAAUAUCGGCGAGGCCAACAAGGUCGAGGAUGACAUCGAAGGUUGCUUCCAGCGACCUACCCAUAUCGACGUCACCGUCGCCAGCAGAGAAUAUGCCCCGACCGCUGGCAUCAAGCCGCUUCGCGAGGCCGUUGCCAAGAUGUACAACGAGCAUCAUCGCCAGGGCAAGGCCAGCCAGUACACCUGGGAGAACGUUGCCAUUGUUCCUGGAGGCCGUGCUGGUCUGAUUAGAAUCGCUGCGGUUCUUAACCAGGCCUACCUGGGUUUCUUCAUCCCAGAUUAUACUGCUUACAAUGAGAUGUUGUCGUUGUUCAGGAAUUUUGCUGCUAUCCCUGUGCCUUUGGACGAGGAGGAUGGAUACCACAUCCACCCGGACAAGAUCGCCGAGGAAAUCAGGCGAGGAACAGGUGUGAUCCUGACCUCCAACCCUCGCAACCCGACCGGCCGUGUCGUCCAGAACCCGGAGCUUGCCGAGAUCCAGGACAUCUGCCGUGGCCGAGCCACCUUUAUCAGCGACGAGUUCUACUCGGGCUACAACUACACCUCCAACUGCGACGGUUCGACCAUCUCCGCCGCCGAGAAUGUUAUCGACGUCGACGAGGACGACGUCCUCAUCAUUGACGGCCUGACCAAGCGCUUCCGCCUGCCCGGCUGGCGUGUCGCCUGGAUUCUCGGGCCCAAGGAGUUCAUCAAGGCCAUCGGCUCCUGCGGCUCCUACCUCGACGGCGGCACCAACGCGCCCUUCCAGGAGGCCGCCGUGCCCAUGCUCGAGCCCACGCUCGUGAGGACCGAGAUGCAAGCGCUGCAGACCCACUUCCGGGAGAAGCGUGACUACGUCGUCAAGAGGCUGCGCACCAUGGGCUUCGUCAUCAAGUACGUGCCCGACUCGACCUUCUACCUGUGGCUCAACCUGGAGGGCCUCCCCGGCCCGAUCAGCGACGGCCUGAACUUCUUCCAGGCCUGCCUGGAGGAGAAGGUCAUUGUCGUCCCGGGCAUCUUCUUCGAUUUGAACCCGGCGAGGCGUCGUGACCUCUUCGACUCGCCCUGCCACCACUUCGUGCGUUUCUCGUACGGGCCCAAGAUGGAGACGCUCCAGCUGGGAUGUGACGGCAUCGAGAGGGUUGUCAACAAGUAA